AUUGAAAAUGCGGUGGUAGUCGAAUUAAACUAUUUUUAGAUUUUUUUUUAAUAAAUUGCAUUUUAUAUAAACUUUAAUUGCAACGAAACGAAGAAAAAAUGGCAAACAAAUGUGAAACUCCCGAUUGUGGCAAACAGGCGACACUGCAAUGUCCAACAUGUCUAAAAUUGGGCAUACCGGGAUCGUUUUUUUGUACACAGGCUUGUUUUAAAGGUUUCUGGAAGGAGCACAAGUUGAUACAUGCCUUGGCGGAGGGAGUUGCCAAGCCAAAACAGUCCAAUGAGGAGUGUGGUUACAAUCCCUAUCCGUACUACCAAUUCACCGGUACACUAAGGCCAUAUGAGAAAACACCUAAACGGGCUGUGCCCGAGAGCAUAGAACGUCCAGAUUAUGCCGACCAUCCUCAGGGAAGAGCCGCUUCUGAAGAGGCCAUGAGGGGCAAUACUUCAAUCAAAGUUCUUGAUGAUGAUGAAAUUGAGGCCAUGCGUGUAGCCGGUCGUUUGGGGCGAGAGUGUUUGGAUGAAGCUGGCAAAGCUGUGGAUGUGGGUGUUACCACAGAUGAGCUCGAUCGUUUGGUGCAUGAGGCCGCUAUUGAAAGGGACUGUUAUCCUUCCCCCUUGAAUUACUACAACUUUCCCAAGUCGUGUUGCACUUCCGUUAACGAGGUAAUUUGCCAUGGCAUACCCGAUAAGAGACCUCUGAAGGAUGGUGAUCUGUGUAAUAUAGAUGUUACCGUCUAUCACCAUGGUUUCCAUGGCGAUUUGAAUGAAACAUUCUUUGUGGGAAAUGUUUCCGAAAAACACAAGAAAUUGGUGCGUGUAACCUAUGAGGCCUUAUCAAAAGCCAUCGAAUUGGUAAGACCGGGCGUCAAAUACCGUGAGAUUGGUAAUGUUAUACAGAAAUAUGUAGCUCCUCAUGGUUUUAGUGUAGUAAAAAGCUAUUGCGGUCACGGCAUACACAGACUGUUCCACACUGCCCCCAAUGUGCCUCAUUAUGCCAAAAACUCUGCUGUGGGUGUUAUGAAAGCGGGCCAUUGCUUCACUAUUGAACCUAUGAUUUCCGAGGGUGUGGCUAAGGCCGAACAAUGGCCUGAUGAUUGGACUGCUGUUACAGCUGAUGGCUUAUAUUCAGCACAAUUUGAACAGACUUUGCUAGUCACCGAUACCGGUUGUGACAUCUUAACAAAGCGUCGUGAAAACAAUGGCCAACCUUGGUUUAUGGAUAAAAUGUAAUGUGACAAUAUUUUACAAUUUUAUUGUAUACUUUUUUUCAAACUUUAUAAUAAACCAAUUUUGAUAUUGUUUGUUCUUUUGUUAAAAUAAA